AACGCCAAUCUGCGACUCGAUCUAGCGCGUUGUGUCUGCUUAGCCAACACUAGACCAUCGCCCGCCCACACCAGCCAUCCGAUUUUGGCUCGGCCCCUCCCGCCCGCGCUGAAGGCCACCGUCGCGCGGCGCAACUGCUGUCAUCGCACCUUCGGCUAUUCAAUGUCAUGCUAGCUGCUGCGAGGUAAUUGAUCUCCAGAUCGAGCUCGCAUUCGCCUGCGCGCCAACACCAGCUUGCCGUCUCAGCGCUGCGCCCAAAAUAGCUCAACGCGACUCCUUCAUGACGCCCGGCAUUCCAGCGCAGAGACAGAAUGAAUCCACAUUCCGGCCCCGCGACCCUUCCGCGGGGCUUCAGGUGCCCCGACUAUGAGGCGCCCAAGACACCGGAGCCGUUCCCUCAGCCGGACGAUGCCCAAGUUCCCUCCCCCCCACGACCACGCCUGAAACUCAGGAGGCGCGUCGCAUCUCAGCUGGCUGCGCCGACGCAGCAAUUUCUGGCCUCUGUUGCUGCCGCCGACGUCCCUAUCCCGAGCAUUGAGGAACCCGAAAUUGCGAGUGACGAUUACGACAUGAAUGGCGCUUGCCCCUUUCCUGGUCUUCGCUGCGACGAUGAGGGAGACAUAAACUUCCUCAGGCCCCGCCGAAGGGGGUUGUCGCCGCCGAAGACCCCCAUGCCCGAACUCCGGCCGUCGCUGCCUCCGACCCGCUAUCCUAACUGGACUGUUGACUCAAUCAGCAGCGUGGAGUCGACCCCGGAGCCCGACUAUGAGUCCAGCAGACCAUCCACCGCAAGAUCAACGCAGACGUGCGAGUCUCUCUUCAGCCGGUUCUCGCACGCGUCGGACGACGACCACUGCGACAGCUUCGGCGGCGAGGUCGAGGGCAAGGAUAACGGCCUUGCCACGGCCGAGGAAGAUGCCCCGCCUCCCCGUGCAGGAGACAAGACGGGAAAGGCCAGGAAGGCGCCGUGGACAAAAGCGAUGAGCGACCAUCUGUGGUCCACUUUUAUGCUGUACCUCCAGGAUCCCAAGGUCACUCCGUUCCGCAUGGGCAAGAGUUGCAUUCCACCAAGCGGCGUCUGCCUCCGCGUCGCGCGGGAAGCCAAGAGGAGUUGGAAGGGUUCCAAGGCGCUCUCCAAAGCGGCCAAUUCCGGCGAAGGUGCGAAGAGCGGCAGCGCCACUCCAACGGCGGAAAGCCCUGGCACGUUCAUUCAGUGGCCGCACACCUGUGCAGCUACCCGUGCGCACCUGCGUGAGCUCUGCAGGCUGAAGGCCAGCUCCCGGGCCGGCAAUUGCAGAUUUGCGUCGCGGAGCAUCACCCCGUUCACCCAGGCUGCUGCCCGUCACUGGAACCGCCGCUCAACGCCGGCUCGUUCGCCGGCCCCGUUCGCGACCCAGGACAUAUCCACGUCCCUUGCUUUGAGCACUGCAGAGAGCAUGCAGCCGACGGGACCCCUCGCGCAGCUCACAGCAUCCAACCCCGAACCCCCGCAAGAGCCGAGCCGCUCGCCGCCGCUCGCCGGCCAGACUCUCAGCACCUUCGAAGGCGAACCUUCCUUUGCCGAGCGGCGCCGGUUGGGAUCGCCGUUCGGUGCAAGCAGUUACGGACCCAGCUCAUCCGGGUCUCUCGCCGCUGUGCUUGGCUUAACCGGCUCCAUACCGCGCCGGCAGUCACAGACCGUCGGACCCCGGCGGACGCUUCAAUCACCCGUCCGUCUCAGCAGGUCGGGCACCCAAAAGCGGAGGCACACGCAAUCCGGCGUUCCGCGCCACCGGCCCAGCAUCAUCUCUGAUCUGUGGCUGGAUCCAAGUAUCGACGCUGCAGCCGCAGCAGACGCAACUUCGCCGCGGGAAGCUCGCCCCGCCACCGCAGCCCGUCUGGAGGACCGUUUUGCUGCGAACAUGGCGCCGAUUCCCACGCUUACAUCGUCCGUCAGCAUGCCCAACGUUGGCGCGCAGGUCGACGCUUCGGUCCUCCCACCACCACCACCCCGCCUCGGCUCCCCCUUCUCGGGCGAGAGCUCCAGCUUCAGUUUCCCGCACAGGGUGCACCGCAUGCACCCAGGCGGCAGCAUCGACCUCGGCAUCCUCGGCCGCCCAUUCGCGACGAUCCAGCCGCUCUCGGCAGACUCGAGCGCGCCACCCGCGCGCAGCAACCUCGCCGACCGCCUGGCCUACAUCGAUCAGCGCCUCAAGGAGUUCCGGCAGCGGGACGCCAGACGCAGGUCCGAGUCCCCCUUGUAACACCACCACGGUCGCGCGUCCUUCGCUUCCCGGUUCUCUGUAUUACCUUCUUCUUCUGCACUCUUGCUUCCCCUGCUCUCAGGGAAAGCCUUGAAGCCAGAUGCUUUGGAACGGUGCGUCAUGCCGCUCAC